CGCAGCUGUGCCCCUUGUCUAUAACACGGCUUAGAAGGAUGGCAGCUCGUUUCCAACCUUGAAUUUUACCUCGACUGUAUCCUUAGUGCCCUUGUAUUUCGUAGCUGCAGUGCGCAGCCAACUUGCUUACUUGCUAGGCGCGAACUAUGCUCCUUAAUUUCCUGAAUAAUUGUUUUGCGUAUGCUAGCCGUGACUGAAAGCAACGAUGGAUGCGCUGGCUGGCCUAGGCCGCGGCGCUAAAGUAUUUUAUCGAAAAGAUGCGACGUCAUGGCAACAAGCGGAGUUUGUGUCCAUCGCUGCGGACGGGCCUGCGACGGUUCAAGUUGGAGCGACCACGCUGACCGUGGCCGCUGACCUUGUGGUCCCAGCUAAUCCAUCGUUACAGGAUGGAAUCCCGGACGUUGUGCAGCUAUCUUACCUAAACGAGCCAAGCAUUCUAUACAACCUCGCGCACAGGUAUAAUGCAGACAACAUCUACACAUGGGCAGGGCCGGUGCUCAUUGCCCUCAACCCCUGCAAGAUGCUCCCCUUGUACACGCCAGAGGUGGCAUCAGAGUACAAACAGGCCUCUCGCGAGUCUGUCACCAAUCUCGCCCCGCACAUCUACCUGGUGGCGGCUGCGGCAUUCAGACAGAUGCUGCGCCACAAAUGCAGCCAGAGCCUCGUCGUCACCGGGGAGAGCGGCGCUGGCAAGACGGAGACCACCAAGAAGGCCAUGCAGUACUUUGCAACCCUGGCGGGCGGCACGGGCGUGGAGGACCAAGUGCUGGGGACCAACCCCAUCCUGGAGGCCUUUGGUAACGCCAAGACGCUGCGCAACCACAACAGCUCACGCUUCGGGAAGCUCAUCCAGAUCCACUUCAACGGCAGCCACCACAUCUGCGGCGCCACCAUUAAGACCUACCUGCUGGAGAAGAGCAGGGUGGCCAUGCAGCUCAAGGGCGAGCGCUCCUUCCACAUCUUCUACCAGCUGGUCCGCGGUGUGACGGAGGAGGAGCGGGCCGCCUUUCUGUUGCCGCAGAAGCCUCAGGAUUUCCACUUCCUGUCGCAGAGCGGCUGCUACGACAUCGCAGGUGUGGACGACGCGGCGGAGUUCCGCACCGUGCGGCGCGCCAUGGCGGACGUGGGGGUGGAUGCGGCGGCGCAGACCAUGCUGUUCCGGCUGCUGAGCGGGCUGCUCUGGCUGGGCAACAUCGAGUUCGAGGAGAGCGGCACGGGCGACAGCACCAAGGUUCGUCAGACCCCCGCGCUGGAGCACUCGGCGGCGCUGCUGGGGGUCUCCCCCGAGGCGCUCAUCACCGCCCUCACCACGCGGCGCAUCGUGGCGCCCGGGGAGGUGGUCAUCAAGCUGCUCAAGGUUGGGGACGCGGUGGAGGCGCGGAACUCGCUGGCUAAGGCCAUCUACUCGGCCGUCUUCAACUGGAUCGUGUCACGCAUCAACGCCCGCCUGGGCUCUGCCAAGGCCACGAGCGGCAUGUACAUUGCCAUCCUGGACAUCUACGGCUUUGAGCAGUUUGACCGCAACAGCUUCGAACAGCUCUGCAUCAACUAUGCCAACGAGCGCCUGCAGCAGCAGUUCACGCAUCACCUGUUCAAGCUGGAGCAGACGGAGUACGAGAGCGAGGGGGUGGACUGGACCAAGGUGGAGUUCAUUGACAACCAGGACUGCCUGGACGUGUUUGAGCUCAUGCCGCCAAGGGGCCUAGGCAUCCUCGCCGUGUUGGACUCGCAGUGCAAGUUCCCGCGUGCCACCGACUCCACGCUACACAACCAGCUGCUGGAGGCACUAGCGCCGCGCUCGCACUUUGGCACCAACCCGCGCGUGCCCGGCAGCUUCAUUAUCCGGCACUACGCGGGCGCCGUGCAGUACGACACGAAUGGGCUGCUGGACAAGAACAAGGACACGCUGAGCGCAGACCUGAUCCAGCUGAUGCAGGGCAGCAGCAAGCCGCUGCUGGCUGAGCUGGGCGCGGCGGUGCAGGAGGAGGUCGACCGAAGCAGCAAGAAGGGCCAAACGGUGAUCUCCCGCUUCGGCCAGCAGCUCCGCGAGCUGGUUUCGGAGCUGGACACCACGGGGCUGCACUUUGUGCGCUGCAUCAAGCCCAAUGCGCAGCUGCUGCCCAACAAGAUGGACCCCUCGGCCACGCUGCACCAGCUGAGGUGUUGCGGUGUAUUGGAGGUGGCUCGUGUGUCAGCCGCCGGCUUCCCCACUCGCUACCGGCUGGAGGACUUUGCCAGCCGCUACAGCGUGCUGCUGCCGCCGGAGGAGCAGCUCAGCCUGGCGCGGCAGCAGAGGGGAUCGGACAGCAGACAGACCUGUCUGGCCCUGUUGGACAAGUUCGGGCUGAAGCCGGGGCAGUACCAGCUGGGGCGCACCAAGGUGUUCUUCCGACCCGGGGUGCUGGGCCUGGUGGAGGACAGGUGGGCUCGCAUGCAGGCGGCUGUGCUGUCGGUGCAGGCCGGCUGGCGCAUGUACCGCUGUCGCUCAGCAUAUCUCAAGCUCCAGGCGGCGGCGGUGCUGUCACAGUCCCUCUGGCGUGCCCGCGUGUGCCGGCUGGCCUAUGCGGAGCUGCGUCGCCGCCACUCGGCCGCAGUGGUAAUGCAGACGGUGUGGCGCAUGCACGCGGCGCGCAGCCACUUCCUGCGCGUGCGUGCCGCGGUGGUCACCAUCCAGACCAAGGGCUACCGCACCUGGAAGUUCAGUCGCUGGCUAUCGCGAGUCAUGCAGGCUCGUGACCGAGUGGAGUUUGAGGCGGAGGAGGCGCGUGUGAAGCUCAAGGUGGAGGCGGAGUGGUUCUCCGCGCUGCGCAGCGAGUACAGCGUGAGCAUGGAGGACGUGCCCACGGCGCUGGCGGCAUGGCGGGAGUGCGUCGUUGCGGGGGCUUCCAGCCUGGAGACGGUUCGCGAGGCGCUUUCUACCUGGCGCACCGCCGUGGAGAACCCUCACCUGCUGCAAGCACGACACAACCUGCCGCCCGGCCCCGGCGGCAUCGUCCAAGUACGGCAGACCCGCAGCGGCUCCGCGCCCGAUGUGGCCACCACCGGAGGGGCCCUACCCGCCCUGGGCAGCCCCACGUGGGGCCCUCUGGGUGCGGGUGCUGCGUUCGGGGUGCCGCCGGCUGCGGCGCAUGGAGGGCAUGCGGCGGGAGCAGUGGGAGGCAGUGGCGGGGAGGCGGGUGCUGUGCCGCCGCCGGUGGUGCGGCCGCCAGUGAUGGUGAUGACUCCGGCGGUUGUGACACCAGCGGUGGUGAACCGCUUCGAGCUUGCACAAGAGCUGGCCAUACAGGUCGAGCGGCUGAACCUGGAGAACGUGAAGCUGCAGAAGCAGCUGCAGCUGGAGCGCAGCCUCACGCAGCGCUACCAGCACAAGUGCGAGGAGCAGAGCGUCAACUGGCUGGAGCAGGUCCGACUGCUGCAGGCGUACAUCCAAAAGUGCCGCUCCAUGUUCGGAGACAACCAGCUGCCGCCGCUCCCAAGGCAAGUCGCCGCGCUCACGCAACCCGGCGACGGCCAGCAGCCGCAAGAGGGCGAGCAGGGCGGUGCAAACGCAGCCCUCACCCGUACGGGCUCCAUCGGCGCAGUAUCUGCCGUACGGGCCUCCCUGGAGCUGCAGCACUCCCUCAACUCCCAAGCCUCCAACACAUCCGUCGCCGGCACGCCGCAGAAGCGCUCCUCCCAGCAGCAGCUCCUGCCGCCGCCGUCGCCCAGCGCCGUUGCGCGCGGAACGCAGCACAGCGUUGCGAGCGCGUCGCUAGGCACCCAACACAACGUCCCGAGCGCCAAUCUGUCGACGCAAACGGAGCCCAAGCCUCCAUGCGCGCAGGAGACCCAGACCGGUCCUGAGCUGCUGCCGCCGCCGCCGCUGCCGCCCAAGCCGGAUACAACCAGCAGCACCACGCAGACUCCACCUCCGCCGCCGCCUCCACCGGCACUCACCACAUUAACCUCUGCCACGCAAACAGCCCCGCCACCUCUGCCUGUAACGGAAACCGUCGCCACGGAAACCGAGCCCGUGGGGGUGCACACCGUAGCCACAGAGACGGAAGCCCUGGCGUUGGAAGACGUAACGACACCGCGUGAAGCGAGUCCCGGCAGCGGUACGGCAGCUGGCGGCCCGCGGCCCGUGUCGGCUUUCGCCACCCCUGCCGCCGGGGAGCAGCUGGCGGCGGUUCUGAACUCCCCCACGCACUCCACCCAGUCCGUGGAGCCGCCGCCCUCCUCCGUGGGCAUGCAGUCUAGCUCGGCUGUGGGUAGCGACGUGCCCCGAGGCGUGCCGCAUGCGGGGGCUGCUAUCCAGCGUGGGGGGGCGCAUGCAGCGGCGGUGGCGCCGGCUCCGGCCAACGCCAGUCAGCGCUACGUGGCGAAGCUUGGAGAGGAGCUAGAACGCGUCAUGCAGGUGCUCCCGGACGACGUAUCCUUCAUCCGGGAGGUGCACGAGGGGCAGGUGACCGCACCCGAGAUGGACCCCGGCGUGGAGCUGUUCAAACUCAAGAAGAAGUUCGACGUGUGGAAGCGCGAGUUCAAGGAGAAGCUGCGAACCACGGAGGAGGUGCUCCGCAAGAUCGAGAUGAUGGAGGGACGCAGCUCCGCCCACAACGACCCCCUGCGCCCCAGCCAGUCCGUACGCGUCACCGCGCCGCCCGUCCCCGUCACGGUGCGGCCCGUCACGGUGCCCGCCUCGCAUCCCGCGCAGCCACACCCGCAUCACCACCACCUGCAGCAGCAACACCCGCGCCCCGGCUCGCCGUCCGUGGACCCGUAUGGGGGCGGCAGCGCUAACGGCGGUGCGGCGUCGCGUAAGAAGGGG